AUGGCCGAAGUUAAAGAAGAAGAAUAUGUUCAUAAAGUUUAUAAUGAAAUCGCCCAUCACUUUUCAGAAACUAGAUAUAAGCCGUGGCCUGUAGUCAAAGAAUUUUUAACUUCCAGAGAAACAGGGAGCAUUGGUAUUGAUGUUGGCUGCGGAAACGGUAAAUAUCUAAAUGUUAAUCCAAAUAUUUAUCUUUUGGGUAGUGAUAGAAGUCAAGGAUUAAUAGAAUGUGCUCACCAAAUAAACGGAAAAUACAAUAUUUUAAUAGCCGAUGGUUUACAGUUACCACAUAGAGACAGCUCUUUUGAUUUUGCCAUCAGUAUUGCUGUGGUUCAUCACUGGAGUACUAGAGAAAGGAGAAUUGCUGCAAUUAAACACAUUCUAAGUAAAGUCCGUCCAGGUGGUGAAAUUCUAAUUUAUUGUUGGGCUUUAGAACAAGAAGCUUCCAAAAGAGGAUAUCAUGAGGGAAUGGACCAAGAUGUUUUGGUACCAUGGGUUUUGCAAGAAAAAAAGAAACCAAAGGCCAAAAAGAAAAUUAAAGAUUUAGUCAAGGAAGAAGUUGAACAGUUAGAUAUAGGAAACAUUGACCCCAAAGAUAGGGCUAAAUAUAUUGCUGAGUGGAAGGAAAAGCAAAAGGGGAAAAGGAAACAAUUGGAAGAACUAUUGAGUAAAGAUGAGGAAGAAAAGAAAAAUGAAGUUACUAAAUACAGAUAUUAUCAUUUAUACAAAAAGGGAGAAUUAGAGGAGGAUUGUACUAUGGCUGGUUCGGUUGUAGUGACAACUGGUUAUGAAAGAGAUAAUUGGUAUUGCAUAGCUCGUAAACCAUAA